AUGAGUCAGCGUCCAUCCAAAAGACCGCGACUGCAAGCGAGUGACGACUCGGUCUCAGAAGAUAUUGCGCUUCGCGAACGACUCCUCCGUCAAUCGGUUGACAUCUUUCAGGGGACCGUAUUUGACGAUGGUGCCAUUGAGAGAUUCCAUAACGCGUUGCGAAAUCAAUCAAAAUCCCGGCUCCUUACGACCUACGCCCGCUUUCUUGUACCAUCCGUCGAAAAGCAGGACCUGGGAGAAGUGAGUGUGUUGGAGGAUGCCAUUGUCGUCUAUAAUGAGAAAUGGCUCAACGUAGCACCGAUCUAUGGCCCCAAUCCGCGGCCAGUGGUCAACAUGAAAAACAUGCACAGCAUGUGUAUCGCUAUGCGUGCAGUGUGGAGCUUGACUUCAAUAUCCAAUUCCAUGGAAAGGAUACAUCGUAGAAUCCUCGGUUUCUCUAUAUCCUACGACUCAGAAAGGCUCCAAAUCUAUGGCCACUAUCCCGAAAUCGAUGAUUUCGACGGAAUCUUGACCGCGAAUUUCUCACUAUUCCAAGAAAAAGGUUAUGGAUUUACUGGCAAGGAUCUGGGAACCGAUAGAUCUCUCUCCUAUGCCGAUAAGGAAGUGGAUAAAAAGACGCAAGAAGAGAGCAUCGCCUCUCAGGAUCUGUCGGAAUCGCAAAAUAUGUUUCAGACUUUACAGCGGCAGUCGGAUGAUCGAGAAGCUCGAUAUACGAAAUACCUUACCGCAUCUGAACAGGAAAUAAUAGGGAAUACAUCUCGACAGAAAGAGUUACUUGCUGAACGAUAG